AUGAUUCACUCACUCAAAGAUCUUCGAGUCCCAUUAUCAAAGAAUCUCAAACUUUCCAUCUCCCCAGUCUUUGCCAACGACAAACAACCCUCAUACUGUAUAUCCUCAAGAAUGGGUUGUGGAACAUCCAGACCAUCCACUCCCUCAAACUCAAACUCAAACCCAACACCCCAAACCACAAGAAGCGCCUAUAUACCUCGCACCAGCAGCUCAAGCAGUCUACACAAUAUACGAAUCAUCAACCUCGCAUCAUCGACCCGUACUGGACCCACUCAAGAUAUAAACGGGCUAUCCGGAUUCCUCUCGAGCUCAAGCUCGCAACAGAACCAAUUACUAUCCAUAUCCAGCAGCUCUUGGCCUAAAUCAUACUCAUACUCUUCUCCCGAAUAUCAACCUCGACAAAUUUCUGGCAAGUUUGUUCCUGUACGAGUACAACAACAACAACAACAACAACCUAUCCAAGAUAUUAACGGCUAUUCUGGAAUCUUAGUACCUAAUCUCCACAGACCUACCAAUACUGCGACAUGGCCACGAUCACAAGCUGAGCUGCAAGGACACAAACAAAUGCAAAAACAAAGACAACAUCAGUCGAUUGCGCGCAAGCCGCUUCCUGCUACAGGACCACCAUUGGGAGUCGAUAGGGGACGACGUCGGGCUGGAGGUUCGUUUAGUAAUUCGAAUUCGAAUUCGAAUCCGAAUCGGAAUCCAAGUCUUGUGCUGCCGAUGGCUGGAGCUGGACAUUUUAUACGAUCUCCUUCUCCUGUUAGUCCUGUUGAUACAAAGAAGUGGGAUUUUUGA